GCUGCGCACCUAUAAAGAGUUAACUCAGAAUUAAAAAUGCAUUUUAAAUAUAUAUAUAUAUAUAUUUGUAAUAUAGGUUAUACGAGUUGCCGGAUAUUCUAAAGAGGUGAUUAUAUGUUUUCCGCAUCUCGAGCAUGUAUCAUUAGGCUCAUGAAAGCUUUAUUUCCUGCAGAGCUCAAGAUCAAGAUAUGAAAUUUCUUGUUUCGCAUCCGCUGACAGGAGAUGCACAAGCGGUUCCAAUAAAUGGCGUAUUUCUCUGUGCACCCUAGAUUUGAAGCAUCCUACGAAAGAUUCUGAUAUUAGCCAACCAAACUAUUUAAAUCACCGCUGUAGUCAUUAAUGUAAUUAUUGCAGUACAAACAUACCUAGGCCACCGCCCUUUAACAUAGUAUAAUGAGAAUAUCUAAAUGGUAUUCAGUUAAAUAUGCUCUCCCUUGCAGUGAUCCGCGUAACUCCUGCUACUCUGACGGAUGUAAAACGAAAACUCCCUGAUUGCAGAGUAUGGUAUUUUUCAAAUUUCGCGGAACUUCGUUGCCGUUUACUGACUUAACAGCUGGUAAACUCUUUUGCUUAACGACGAUACUGGAGCUAAAACUCGAAAUACAGAAAGACUAUUAUGCUUAAGUUCCAUGUUAACUAAGAGCAUAUGCCACUAAUAAUGUAAAGAAGCUUUUAAUAUUGCAGUUCCAUAUACCUGGUUGCAUCCAGGAUAGCAAAUAUAUGGCCACCUGGUUUCUUAGAGCAGAGUAUAUCAGUCCGCUAAUGUCGUAAGCAGCCGCUAGCGUCAAAUACAUCAUUGCAAGACAUCAUUGUAUGUAACGAAUUUUAGUUAAUAGGCAUAAUUCAUUUCGUGCUGGGAGCCGUCGGACGGAACUUGGUUGUUGUGUUAUUUCAUUUCAGGCUUGUUCGAAACGUUCUACAUUAAGUAGAUUUUAGCAAGAAUCACCUUUAAUCAUCCGUUAGACCGGGGCCUUUUAGGCUGAAAGCUUUCAACAUGGAGACUGCAAAAGGACAAGAAUUUUCAGCGGAAGGGUUCACAGACCCUCACAUAAUGGUGUUUCCAGCACCUCUGCUCGGAACUUCGAAUUCGCCAGUGCUCUCUGCGACGGGCACGAACGAUCAACUGAUAGAACUUUCGGAAACUAACUCGCAACUCACAACGCAUCUUAUUUGCGAAGGGUUGAAAACACUAUCAGAGGAUUUGUUCGCCUCAGAAAGUCCAGAUACAAGCUAUCGUUACCUAAUGGAUUCAUUACUUUCUGAAACUUCGCCUACAUCGGAAAGUACUGAUAAUCUCAACGUCGAUAAUGACGCCAAAAGUCUGGAACGAGUAGAAAGCAGCUGUGGGCCGAGGGGUCUUAUCAACCACACAUUGGCGGACAUCGAGCUAAAACAGAGCUUGCUUAUACAUACGGAACAAAACCCACCAUUGGAUAGGUCCGAAACACACGAAGUGCCCGAAAAGCUCUCUGGUCAUCUGGAAGCUCAGCAAGAAAGCCCAUUUCCAUCAAUGAAUAGUCCUGAGCAGACAUCCAGAAUAAAUGAAAAACAAAAUUCUCAGCAAGAUGCGACUCCGUCGAAGCGUCGGAAGCGUCAGUCUGAGACUCUGCAUCAGUGUUCAGAGUGUUCGAAAUCAUUCAAACAGCUAGGCCAUCUUCGUAAUCAUCAUCGCGUGCACACUGGUGAACGUCCAUAUGCCUGUGAAUUUUGCGGAAAAAGCUUCGCCCAGUCAGGGCAUCUCACUUCGCACGUUAACGCCCAUACAUCAACAAAAAAUUAUGCUUGUAAAUACUGUGAGAAGAAGUUCAGCCAGAGUGGGCAUCUCCGGAAUCACGAACGCCUACAUAGCGGUGAACGUCCAUUUCAGUGCAAAAUGUGCGAUAAAACAUUUGUCCAGUCCGGUCAUCUUGUCAGCCAUCUGCGAAUUCAUGAAAAUGUAAAACCGUACAGCUGUCCCGUAUGUGGGAAGGGCUUUACACAAUCCGGCCAUGUAAAGAGCCACCUCAAAGUUCAUAAGACUGGAUUGGGAGAGGACCAUCAAGGCCAACGAUCUUCUUGACGGGCCCCAAAUUCCGCCAUAUUCAUCGGGAUGCCAUAGGAAAAACGUUAGACCUUUCGACUAUCCUUAUAAUACUUGAUAUGUUAUUCUUUUUAUUCUUUGUUCUAUUUAAAUUAACCUGGUUGUUUUUUAGAAACAGAAGCUCGCCGUAAUGAAUACCUUUAGUCAACCGUAGCAAUUGUUACAUAUACGCUACUAAGCAAAUAAAGUUCGAACUGUCGCGCGGCGAGCAGCGAGAGAAGCAAAAAAGAACAAAAUGGAUGCAAUAGUCUCUACUCAGUCACGCAUAGCGGCCCGACAAGAUCCAGGCUAUCUUAGCGAAAAAGGCGCGUUGGAGAUUUAAUAGACGUCUAAGGUAUACAGCGUUCGUGGCUAGGUUAUGCCCGAUGACGAUUGCCACGACUGCAAAUGCGCCUCCGGAUCCUCGCCCAGACGCCUCUUUCCGGCAUGUAACAAGAUGCAAACCGAUAGACAGUUUUGCUGAGCCCGAAGAGCCUUAGUGGCAGCGAGUGAAUACUGCUGUUUUGGCCGAUCUCGAAAGACCUGCUUGGAGAUUCCGCGGUUUGUAAUGGUACAACAGAAUUUGGUCCAGCAGCAGAAAUUGACCGGCUCUAUAUUCUUCGACGGCAAGAUGACCUGCCCAUUUUUAUGGAGUAUUAGCCCAACAAGGGUUCGUCAGCUAAUGCGCUCUUCUCUAAAACAACAGUCGUCAUUUCUUUAGUCUUUUCUGUGAGCCCUUUCAUUACUCGCUUAAUGACUCAAAAGAUCAAGAGACAGGUAUGUCUGAAUCAUGGAAGAUAUCAGGAAAAGAUCGGGAGUGUCAUUUUUUUUUUGCUUAUUUAUUCGCAUAAUACGUUCACAAGUCUCUUUAGCUCUGGUGCAGCAGGGUUACUAUAGGAAGAAUGCCUUUUCUGCCGUAAAAAACCGCGCCAUAAUGAUCAUUUAUAAAUUAUUAUGAUGAAUCUCGAGGAGCUUUAUGGAUAAUUACGCACAUUUCAUUACAUUAUUAUUCCUACAUUGGCUGUGCAAGACGUUAUUUAGUGUUUUGGCUCGUAUUCGGGUUAUUCUGUGAUUUUUCGAUCUGCCACGCCGACAGGCAACGAUAUCACAGUAAUUAUUUUAUUUUUUAUUUAUUAAAAUUAGGUUUAAUCAGUCAGGAUUUUAUUAUAAGGGGUUUCACGUACGUUACUUUGAUCUUGGUUAUCAUUGCAGUUUUUGCUUGAUGAAUUCUGUUCAAAAACGCUUAUUCAUAAAAAUACUAACUUACAA